CCCACUCUGUUUUCUCACAUCUCUCAGUGCCGUUCUGUGAUUUCUGGGUCAUAUUUCUGAGAUGCCCUCUGGCUCUUCCUUCUCCAAUCCAAAAUGUUCCGCCAAGAAAAGCCUGGCAGCCUUUGCUCCGCAGUGAUGGAGGUGAUUAGUCUCAUCUCCAUGGGUUUUUUUGGGGAGAAUUGUGUCUUUCUGUGGCAAAUUGGCACUAGCUCAUUAAUUAGUUGAGCAUGAUAUGUUGAUCCGCCUCCACGCACACACACACACACACAGAGCGUUGUCUCCUCCCUCCACCACUUGCUUUCUGAAAGAUUUCAUGUUUGCUGUGUGACUCCUGUGGUGAAGACACAUUAUCAAGCAGAAGAAGAACCGAGUCAAGAGAGACACAAAGAAAGAAAGGAAGAAAGGAUUCUUGUUUCCACUCUGGAUUGUGGAAACAUCAGACCCAGUGAAGUGAUCUCACUUUUCUGUGAAGCUGGAGGAGUCUGCAGAUCAGAGGAAGAGCUCUUUCUAGCAAACGUAAACAUCCGACCCUCAAACUGCAAGUCUGGAGCUGAUCCAGGAUGCUGUCCUACCUCACUCUGUUGCUGGGGAUAGUGGCCUCUGCUGCUUCAGAAUGGAGGCGCCCGGUCAUACGCUUCAAUUCUAAGGUGGUGAGGAGUUCUGAGGUCGUGGUCACACCUGGGAACCCACUGGAUUUAAGGUGUGAGGGUGACAGCCACGUCAACUGGCAAACCAGACUACCCAAACAACGGCACUAUGUGCUCAAGGGAAAAGGGAAUGUCCGCACCUUAAAGGUGGAGCAUCCCUCUGCAGAAUUUACCGGAACAUACAGGUGUUAUUACACUGCAGGGCCUCAGUAUCGUUAUCUGACCUCCUCAGUGCAUGUGUAUGUACAAGAUCCAGAUCCAAGCCGUGCGUUCUGGACCAGCAGCACGUCCCUGCGUGUGGUGAAGAAAGAGGGUGAGGACUAUCUCCUGCCCUGCCUGAUCACCAACCCAGCAGCCACAGACCUGGGCCUCCGCAUGGACAACGGGACCAGUGUGCCGCCAGAGAUGAACAUUACAGUUGACCGACAUCGGGGCAUUCUCAUCCACAACCUCCAUCCCAGCUUUAACGCUGACUACGUCUGCACGGCCAGGGUCAACGGACUGGAGAAGACCUCCAAGGCCUUCUCCAUCAACGUCAUUCAGAGGCUUCGUUUUCCUCCGUAUGUUUUCUUGGAGAUGGAUGAAUAUGUGCGCAUCGUUGGCGAGAAACUCGCGAUUCGCUGCGCCACACACAACCCCAACUUCAACUACAAUGUCACCUGGAAAUACACCACCAAGUCGAAACCAAUCGUUGAGGAGAGGGCUCGCUCCAGUGGAGAAAACCGCCUGGACAUAAAGAGCACACUGAUCAUCUCUGCUGUGGACCUUGCAGAUACAGGAAAUAUCACCUGUAUUGGCACGAAUGAGGCAGGAGAGAACAGUUCAACCACAUACUUGCUGGUUGUAGAUAAGCCCUAUAUCAGGCUGUUGCCCCAGUUGUCCCCCAAACUGGCCCACAAGGGUCUGUUGGUCGAGGUGAACGAGGGAGAAGAUCUGGAACUCAGCGUGGUCAUCGAAGCGUACCCUCACAUCACAGAGCACAGGUGGCACACGCCGACUUCUCCCAGCACGUCCACCCAGGAGCACAAGCUGAUCCGAUACAACAACAGAUACCAUGCAACUCUGCAGCUGAGGAGAAUGAAUGCACAGGAGCAGGGCCAGUACACCUUUUAUGCCAGGAGUGACCUGACCAACGCUUCCAUCACGUUCCAAGUCCAAAUGUAUCAGAGGCCUGUUGCUGUGGUGAGGUGGGAAAAUGUAACCACACUCACCUGCACGUCAUUCGGUUAUCCUGCUCCCAGAAUCAUCUGGUACCAAUGUCUCGGGAUACGGCCUACGUGCAAUGAGAACAACUCAGGGCUACAGAUGGCCAUCCCUCUCCAGGCCUCCACAGUGGAGGUACAGAGGGAGGAGAACGGGGCCGUGGAGGUGGAGAGCGUCCUCACCGUGGGUCUGUCCAGUCAGAGGAUGACAGUGGAGUGUGUCGCCUUCAACCUCGUUGGUGUCAGCAGGGACACAUUCGCCGUGGAGGUCUCUGAUAAACUCUUCACUUCCACUCUGACUGGAGCAGCAGGGAUUCUGUCCAUCCUCCUUGUGCUUCUGGUUUUUCUGUUUUACAAAUAUAAGCAGAAACCCAGGUAUGAGAUCCGUUGGAAGAUCAUUGAGGCGAGAGACGGAAACAACUACACCUUCAUUGACCCCACUCAGCUGCCCUACAAUGAGAAGUGGGAGUUCCCAAGAGACAAACUGAAACUAGGGAUGACUCUGGGAGCAGGAGCUUUUGGGAAGGUUGUCGAGGCCACAGCCUAUGGUCUGGGAAAGGAAGACAAUGUGACUCGUGUGGCUGUGAAGAUGCUGAAAGCCAGUGCCCACACAGAUGAGAAGGAGGCUCUGAUGUCUGAGCUGAAGAUCCUCAGCCACCUGGGACACCACAAGAACAUUGUCAAUCUACUGGGAGCCUGCACCUAUGGAGGACCAGUGCUUGUGAUCACGGAGUACUGCAGCCUCGGCGACCUCCUGAACUUCCUCCGCCAGAAGGCAGAGACGUUUGUGAACUUUGUUAUGAGCAUUCCUGACGCCAUGGAGAGCUCAAAUGACUACAAGAACAUCUGCAAUCAGAAACAGUUCAUCAGAAGUGACAGUGGGAUCUCCAGUGAAUCAUCCAGCAGUUACAUGGAGAUGAGGCCCAGUCAGCCUGCAAAUGUAGAAUCAACCCAAGAUGCUGCCUGUGUGGAGACUGGUGACUGGCCACUGGACAUCGACGACUUGCUGAGGUUUUCCUUUCAAGUGGCUCAGGGCCUUGACUUUUUAGCCGGCAAAAAUUGUAUUCACAGAGAUGUGGCUGCCAGAAAUGUCCUUUUGACCAACCACAGAGAGGCCAAGAUUUGUGACUUUGGGCUGGCACGUGACAUCAUGAAUGACUCCAACUACGUGGUGAAGGGCAAUGCACGUCUGCCAGUCAAGUGGAUGGCUCCAGAGAGCAUUUUCGAGUGUGUGUACACCGUCCAGAGUGAUGUCUGGUCCUAUGGCAUCCUCCUGUGGGAGAUCUUCUCUUUAGGUAAGAGUCCUUACCCUCGCAUGGCUGUGGACUCCAGGUUCUACAAGAUGGUGAAGCGUGGCUACACGAUGUCCCAACCAGACUUUGCCCCGCCUGAAAUCUACACGAUCAUGAAGAUGUGCUGGCAUCUGGAGCCCACGGAGCGUCCAACAUUCAGCAAGAUCAGUCAGAUGAUAGAGAGACUACUCGGGGACCAACCUGAGCAGGAACAGCUAACCUACCAGAAUGUUCAGCAGGAGGUCACAGAGGGUGAAGUGUGUGAUGAGUCCAAGUGCUGCAACGGCCCCUGUGACCAGUCUUGUGACCACGAGGAAGAGGAGCAGCCUCUGAUGAGGACCAACAACUACCAGUUUUGUUAAACGCCUUAACCAACAGCAACAACAAUCGAUUAAAAAAAAAAGAAAACAGUCUGCCGUCGACAGGCAUCAGGAGAGCGGGAUAAGCUGUCAUUUGUGGCCAUAGUAUCACAGCUUGUUCCAACCGGUGGAACAGUACCAGAGAGUCACUUCCACAGAUUUUUUUCCUCCUGCCUGUUCAUCAUACAGACAAGCAGCUGGUACAAACAUGUGACUUGCUUUGCAGACCAUGACUAGAAAUUGCCACGUCUCAAAACCGACUGCAGACACGAAAGCAGGAAACAUGUCGACAAACCACAAAAACAUCCCAAGCUGUGCCGUACCCUAAACAUUCUGUGUGUCCC